UAUGAAUGACUCCAACUUCCCUGGGUAGCUUGCUAACUAACGUUAGCAGCAGCUGCACCUCACUGGAGUGGGUUAACUGACGACCACUGCUCCCAACAAGCUCGUCCAAAUGGAUUAUACUGCAACUCAAAGUGGGUUCAGACAGCGUAAGUUACAGCCCAACAUGCGUCUAAGGAAUACGUCAGUGGAUGGUCCAGAAGGCAGCCAGCUGUUUGAGGAUACGAGUGGACCUGCAGCUGGAUCACAGACAGGAUACAGCAACCAGCCGGCCGGGCCUCAAGCAGCAGGAUUUCCUGCCCAGUCCAUUCUGUCAGAUCCCAUGUCCAACCUGGCCAUGGCAUAUGGCAGCUCACUGGCAUCCCAGGGACGGGAAAUGGUGGACAAGAAUCUGGACAGGUUCAUCCCAAUUUCUAAGCUGAAAUACUACUUUGCCGUGGAUACAUUGUAUGUGGGGAAGAAGCUGGGCCUUCUGGUUUUCCCUUACAUGCACGAGAACUGGGAGGUGUGCUACCAGCAGGACACUCCUGUGGCCCCGCGCUUUGAUGUGAAUGCUCCCGAUCUCUACAUUCCCGCCAUGGGCUUCAUCACAUAUGUCCUGGUGGCUGGACUGGCCCUCGGCACACAGAACAAGUUUUCUCCGGAGCUGCUUGGAGUUCAGGCCAGCUCGGCGUUGGUGUGGCUCAUCAUGGAGGUCCUGGCGGUCCUGCUCUCACUGUACCUUGUCACCGUUAACACUGACCUCACAACCAUAGAUCUGCUGGCUUUUUCUGGGUACAAAUAUGUUGGGAUGAUCAUAGGGGUGGUAGCAGGCCUGCUGUUUGGGAGGCUAGCGUACUAUCUCUCUCUACUGUGGUGCUGCGUUGCCAUCUUUGUCUUUAUGAUCCGCACUCUGCGUCUGAAGCUGUUAUCUGAGGCGGCGGCGGAGGGGAGGCUUGUGAGAGGAACCAGAAACCAGCUGAGGAUGUACCUCACCAUGUCUAUAGCAGCAGCACAGCCCAUUUUCAUGUACUGGCUCACCUACCACCUCAUCAGAUAAAACUUAGAACACUCACUCAUUGUGUAGCAGACGAACUCGGCAGUCGGAAUGCCAUCUCACCCCCCUAAAAAAAAAAAAAAAAAAAACUCAAGAAAACACACACGCACAUCAGAGAAGCUGGACUUGGAUGAAACACAACACAAGUUGUCUGGAUGAUAUCCCAUCACCUCCCAGACAUAAAGACAGAACUGCACAGACUCACUCCAUGUUUGCAUGGAGCACAACAACAACAUGCUACAAGACGAUUAGGAGAAGAUGUGAGGCAUCAUUGCCUUUUUCUCUCACAGCACAGCCCCGUGUCGUUAGUAUUGCCUUUAUUUGUCUUUUUUUAUGUAAUGUCUUCGGAAGUUUGUAGCAAGAGCAAGUGGCUUUAAGUUGUUUUUCUAUACUGUGUAAUUAUUUGUUUGUAAUUGUUUUUAAGGAAUAUUUAAGUACGUAUGUUUGUGUAUAGCAAAAGUAUUAACGCAGUUAGUGUGAUUUUUCUGAGCCAACAGAAAGAAAGCACACAAAAACCGUCCAUUUAAUGAAAAAGACCUCAAAUUCAGGUUUGAAAGUAGCUCUGCUUUGAUGUUUGACUAGAAAUACACUUUCCCUGGUUCUAAUAGUUCUUUCAUGGCUGAGAAAAGUACAAGUUCGGUCAUAAUUGGAUCUGGAAACAAGGGUUGUCUAACCAGUGUGGUUGUAGUACCAACUCCACUUCAUCUGUUUUUGUAUGUGCUUUGAUACACGUAUGAGCUCUGCUGCCUGACAGCUCUGGAAUAGAAACGGUGUAAGCCGCAUUAAGGUGUAGACCUCACGAUGAAAUGUUGAGUUGACUUUGAUAUCCUUUUAAAAAAAAAAACAAGUAAAUUAUUUACUGCUUUUCAUAUUGAAAGUCAGAUGGAAUAAAGAAAGGGAAGAGAUGAGAUGGUCUGUCCUGUGAAAAUUGCUCUAGUCUCCUUGAGAUACUUGAAAUAUUUUAAUGUCAGAAACGCUUUCUUGUGCUUUAAUAUGCUUGUAAAUCGUCUAAUGUCACUAUGAAAUGUGAUGUCUCUGCUUUUUUUUAUGUUCAAAUGCUAUUUCAAACCAGAGUAGGAUUCAUAUUCACUUAAAUUAAUUCUAUUCAAAAUUCAGUUGAAAUUCAGGAGUUUUCCUCAGAUUAAAUUUAUUGUAACGCUGAUCUCGGUUAACUUAAUAAAAGCUUUUUCCAAAUGUUUCAACAAAGCGCUCAUUUAAAUAAUAAACCUGAAGUUGCAUCAUCUCAUUAAUAAUUAUUCUAUGCAGCAGACAAUUUAAAUACUUUUUUUUGCAGGAUUAAUCCUAAAUGGGUCCUUGACUGUUAAAGCAGGCUGAAAGCAGACAACCUAUCAAAUUGAGCCACUGAAAUGAUAUGACGACUGAUGAAUAAAGUCUGAAUGAUGGA